AUUAGAAAGUUCCUAACCGGCGGAUACGGAGAAUAGCCUGCGCGCGCUUCGCCCUAGUUCGACUUCGAUCCCCUUUCGGGAAGAAAACCCUUCGGCGCUCGUCUCUCUGCCCAAGGGAAACUAGAGAGGAUCUUGAUUUUGAUUUUGAUUUCGGUUUCGAAGUGGGCUAUGAAUCCUCUAACCCUAGUCAAACGCAUCCAGAAAAUCAAUUCUCAGGAGGCCUCGCUUGGGAUUUCUGAGGAAGCCUCAUGGCACGCCAAAUACAAGGAUUCCGCCUACGUUUUCGUUGGAGGCAUUCCUUACGAUCUCACUGAGGGUGAUCUCCUCGCCGUCUUCGCCCAGUAUGGAGAGAUUGUUGAUGUUAAUCUUGUCAGAGACAAGGGUACAGGAAAGUCGAAAGGCUUUGCCUUUGUUGCAUAUGAAGAUCAGAGAAGUACAAUCCUUGCUGUAGAUAAUUUGAAUGGUGCACAGAUUCUAGGUCGAAUCAUUAGGGUUGAUCAUGUGACUAAAUAUAAAAAGAAGGAAGAAGAAGAUGAAGAAACCGAACAAAAGAAGAGGGAAGCUCGCGGUGUUUGUCGUGCAUUCCAAAGGGGUGAAUGUACCCGUGGAGCUGGGUGCAAAUUCUCUCAUGAUGAACAGAGAGCUGCGAACACGGGCUGGGGGGCGGCAGAAGAUGCAAGUUCAAAAUGGGGACAUGACAAGUUCGAUGAUAAAAAAGAUCGUGAUAGAGAAUUGCGUGCGAAAGGAAGGAAAAAUAGCGACGACUUUGAAAGGAAUCCUAGGGAAAUAAGUGGGAGGGCGAGGCAGGAAAGUAAACUGAAAGGCUGGGAUGAUGGUAAAGAAUCCGAGCUCAAGUCGAGAGAGAAUCAUGGCAGGAAAGAUGAGAAGAGAUUGAGCAGACACGAUCCUGAUAACAAUCGUGAACUGAAGUCGGGAGAUGAUCAUUAUAAGAGGGAAGAGAAGAGAUCUAGAAGGAACCAUGAUGAUAGUGAGAAAGAAGAGAAGAGAUUGAGAAGACAUGGUGAUGAUGAUGAUAAGACGAAGUUAGAAGAUGAACACCAUAAGGAAGAAAGGAGAUCGAGAAGGAACCAAGACGACGAACUCCCACCGCAUUCGAGAAGAGACUACAAUACAAGGGAAGAAGAUAAGUCAAAAAGGCACGGUGACGAAGAGUUUCAGAAAAAGCCGAGGGAAGACGAAGAUGAUAGAAGGGAAAGAGAUAAAUCGACAAGACAUCGCUCAGAAUCACAUAGGCGGGAAAAUCCAGAUGAGAAGAGGGAUUCUCGAUCCUCUUAUGGUCGGGAUCAUUCUCAUAGAGAAAGAAACGAAGAUCGUCAUAGAUAAGCACCGCAACAAAUCGUUACAGUUAGUCCUGUCUUGUUAAACACAAAUCGGUUUUCUUCCGAUGGGCUGUUCGGUUUCCUUGUAUUGUAAUAGGAACUCUUUUUUGUUACCUCACUAGCUUGAAACUAAGCUUUAUUUGUCUAUCAAACGGCUAUGAUCAGAGAGUGAAGUUCUUUGGGCUGUUGGAAUCUUAGCCUUUUGUAACGAUUAUGCGCAUUAUUUAAGUAUGGGAUCACAGAUAUGGUUGGCUGUAGAAUAUAUGGAUAAUUUCAUUUCAGUUGUAAGAAUAUUCUUCCAAAGUUAUUGAUAGCCAUUCAGGGUGCCAAAUGCAA